GCUGGCUUCUUUGUUCGGUCCUCCCGUCCUCCCUCCUCCGUCCCCGGAUUGCAAACCUCUUGCGUGUCAGAGGCAUCAUGGGCGAGAAAGCUCAAUUCUUCCAUUAUCCGGAGGUUCGACCGGGACCCGCGGUGCCGUACAAGAACGAGGACCAGGUGAUCCCCGUCUUCCGCGGCACUCCCUUGGCCAUCGGAGCCACCCUUAUCCAAAACGUCGGCCUUAUCCAAAGCUACUUCUGGCGCAAUGCCGGUUUCGACGUCAUCCGCAACCUCCCCCUCGACCAGUACUCCGCCCGAUAUGAUCCUACCGUGAUCCCCGUCGCCAACCCCGACACCUUGUCUCUAGCCAGUCUGCCCGUUCCAACCCAAAAGCGGAAUGGAAAUGCAGGCUACUACACCUCUGCCGACUAUGUAGCUCGCUACAAAUCGGGGGAAUUGACUCCUAUUGCCGUCGUCGAGACCUUGCUUCCCCUGAUCCGCCGCGAUGCCAAUCCACCCGGCAAGCACUCGGUCGCCUUUUUGGAUGCGCAAAUCGAGAGAAUUCGCGCUGCAGCAGAAGCCUCUACACAAAGAUACAAAGGCGGCCAUCAGCUAGGACCCAUGGAUGGUAUCCCUGUUGCGGUCAAGGACGAAGUGCACAUGGAGGGCUACCGGCGGACACUGGGAAGUAAGAUUGACUUCACCGGCGAUAAUGGUGGCACCUCCUGGUGUGUGAAGAAAUGGGAGGAAGCCGGCGCCAUCGUGAUUGGAAAGACCACGAUGCACGAGCUGGGCUUAGACACCACCAACAACAACCCGAACUACGGCACCCCCAGAAACCCCCACAACCCCAACUACUACUGCGGCGGCUCCUCGGGAGGAUCUGGAUAUGCCGUCGGCGCAGGCCUGGUGCCCAUCGCCCUGGGCGCCGACGGCGGAGGCUCGAUUCGCAUCCCGUCCUCCUUCUGCGGAAUCUGGGGUCUCAAACCAUCCCACAGCCGAGUUAGCGGUUCUCCUACCGUCUCACUCGCCACAACCGUGGGCGUCUAUGGGCCUAUCGCCGCCAGCAUCGACGACCUGGCACUUGCCUACCGUAUCAUGGCCACACCCGCUCCAACAGCGGAAGACCCUCUCUCAGCAGCCUUCCCGCCACCUCUCCUUGAGCUUGCCGCGGCCGAAUCCAGAGCCACCCCCCGACCCAAGACUAUCGGCAUCGUGCGGGACUGGAUCGACCGGGCCGAAACCUCAGUUCGCUCCGUCUUCGACGCAGCCCUAGAGUACUACCGCAAAGAGCAAGGCUACACCAUCAUCGACAUCAAGAUACCCUACCUCCCCGAAGGCCAACGCGCGCACGUCCUCACCAUCAUGAACGAAAUCGCCUCGGCCCUCACCCCUCACCAAAUCAGCCAACUAACUGCCCCCAAUAAGGUCCUAGUCUCAAUGGGCAUGUGGCAAAUCACCGGCCAGGACUUCCUCGCCUCUCAGCGCCUCCGAAAUUGCCUGAUGACCCAUCUCGCCUAUCUGUUCCAACAACACCCAGGUCUCCUAAUACUCAGCCCCACCACCCCAAUCCCAGGCUGGAGAAUCGAAGGCGGCGAAGCCGAUCUCGCCCGCGGCGUAUCCGACGGAAAAUCCUCCGUCCGGAACAUGGAAUACGUCUGGCUGGCCAACUUCACCGGCUGUCCUGCGAUCAACUGUCCCGCGGGAUAUGACGCGCGGGAUGGAUCCCGGGUUCCGAUUGGUUUGAUGGCGAUGGGAGAAUGGGGUAGCGAGGAGGAUUUGAUAGCGUUUGCGAGAGACGGGGAGGCCGUUCUUGAUCUAUCCGGAACUCGGUCCGAUGAUGCGGAAGAGCAAAGUUCGGGGUUGACGGUUCCCCGGGGUGAGAAUGCGGUGUGGGAGGAUGUUAUUUGUCAGGCUACGGAGAAGACUAAGAGUAUUGGUAGCUCUUAGUGGGGCUGAGUAUGUGGCUUGUAUUCUUUACUCCUUUUCGGUUCAGGGUUAUCUUUGGGUACGGAGUGGUGUUCCAUGUAUUUAUGUUGUGAAUAUGGUUACG